UACGGGCACAGCCGCGGGAGCGGCGCAGCGCUGAGGCCGGGCGCGCCCCCGUGGGGUGGCUGUGCGGAAGCAGCAGCGGGGCAGGCGGCGGAAGUAGUGCCUUACCUAGUUUGAAGAUAAAAGAGAGCUUUUGAUUGUGUAAGACAAAGAAAAUGGAAGAGGAUGAGACUUUACAAAGUGAAACUGAGAGAGCAGAAGUUGAAACAUGCACUACUUCUGAGGUCAGUCAGCAGUUAUCAUCCAGUGAGUUCCUUUGUCACUGCUGUUACGACAUUCUGGUCAAUCCCACCACUCUGAACUGUGGGCAUAGUUUCUGUAGACAUUGCCUAGCUUUGUGGUGGGUGUCAUCCAAGAAGAAUGAGUGCCCUGAAUGCAGAGAAAAAUGGGAAGGAUUCCCCAAAGUCAACAUCCUUCUCAGGGAUGUUAUUGAAAAGCUAUUUUCUGAUGCCAUUGAACAAAGAAAAGAAGAUAUUCAACAAAACAGUGAUAUAGCACACAGCUUAGCAACCUUCCAAAAAUAUGGGAAUGACCAGAUCCCUACAGUUCCGAACACAGGAAGAAUUAAUCCUCGAGGAGGAGGGUUUUUCUCAGGCGUUCUGACAGCUUUAACUUGUGUAGCAGUAGUUCUACUUGGGUAUCACUGGAGUAGCAGAGAAAAUGAAGAUCUUCUUGUCCACAAGCCUGUUGCUAAAUGGACUUCAGAGGAAGUAAUACGUUGGCUGGAGCAGCUCGGUCCAUGGGCUUCACAUUAUAAAGAAAGAUUUUUACUGGAGAAAGUAAAUGGAAGACUCCUUCUAACACUGACAGAGGAGGAUUUUACAAAAGAGCCUUACAGUAUAGAGAAUAGUAACCACAGAAAAGCUAUAAUGGAGGAACUGGAAUGUGUGAAAACUUUAGGUGUUAAACCACCACAGAACCUUUGGGAAUAUAAGGCAGUAAAUCCAGGAAAAUCACUCUUUCUUCUCUAUGCACUGAAAAGUUCUCCAAGACUCAGUAUGUUAUACCUAUACGUGUUUGAUUAUGCAGAAGCUUUCCUACCUUUCAUCCACACAAUUUGCCCUAUGCAAGAAGACAAAUAUGAAGCUAUUGUCCCAAAACUGCUAGACCUUAAAGAUCCUUCUUGGAAACAGUGGAGAGAAUUCGUUGUAAAGUAUUUAUUUUUACCAUACCAGUUGAUAGCUGAAUUUGCUUGGGAUUGGCUGGAUGUGCACUACUGGACAUCAAGAUUUAUAAUUGUGAAUGCCAUGUUGCUAUCUGUCCUGGAAUUAUUCUCAUUUUGGAGGCUCUGGUCAAGAAGAGAAUUGAAGACUAUUCCUCAAAGAAUGUGGAGACAUUUCUGGAAAGUCUCAACCCAGGGUCUUCUUGUUGCAAUUUUUUGGCCUUUUAUUCCUCAGUUUGUCUGCAACUGUUUGUUUUACUGGGCCUUAUACUUUAAUCCAAUUAUAAACAUUGAUCUUGUGGUUAAAGAAGUGAGGCGUCUGGAGACACAAGUUCACUGAUGGGCAUUGGAACUUUUGAUCUGUUUAGCUCCUAAAAAUGGACACCUGAAUUGAGCUUGCUUUUCUUACAUAUGUGGCAGUGAAAAUGGUGGAUUAUGUUAAUUUUAAAUGUACAAAAAAGCCUUAAGAUAAGUUACUCUUAAACCAUCUGAUUCCAAAUCCAGGGAUGGGCUUUACUACCAGAAAUUUGCUAUUGAGAAA